CUCUCCCAGCUGCAAAAUCCUGUGGUCUUCAAAAAAAAUCAAGCGUGUAGCUUUUCCUCUUCCCGAGGAUAAUCAGCUAAUUUAACUCUGAACUACACCCUGGCUCCUACCCCCCCUCUGUGGCUGAAGUAACCGUGGAGUUUACUUGCUGCUUCCAAAGUUUCACACUCAGGGAAGAAAUAUGGGAUGUAUAAAAUCAAAAAGAAAAGAGACUCUGCCUGGAGAUGGGCUAGAUUUGAAGAACCAACCAGUACGUAAAACUGAACGAACUAUUUAUGUGAGGGAUCCAACGUCCAAUAAACAGCAAAGGCCAGGAAAUACAGAAAUGCACCUUUUACCAGGGCAGAGAUUCUGUAAAGAAGACGCGGAGGAGCAUGGGGACAUUGUAGUAGCCUUGUAUCCUUAUGAGGGAAUUCAUGAAGAUGACUUGUCCUUCAAGAAAGGAGAAAAAAUGAAAGUUCUUGAGGAGCUUGGAGAAUGGUGGAGAGCUAAAUCUCUCUCAACAAAGAAAGAAGGCUUCAUUCCAAGCAACUAUGUAGCAAAAGUAAACACCUUGGAAACAGAAGAAUGGUUCUUCAAAGAUAUAACCAGGAAAGAUGCAGAGAGACAGCUUCUAGCACCAGGAAACAAUCCUGGGGCAUUCCUUAUCAGAGAAAGUGAAACAUUAAAAGGCAGUUAUUCUCUGUCCAUCAGGGACUAUGAUCCACAGCAUGGUGAUGUUAUUAAGCACUACAAAAUAAGGAGUCUAGACAAUGGAGGAUAUUACAUCUCUCCAAGGAUUACAUUUUCCACCAUCAACGACAUGAUCAAACAUUACCAAAAGCAGUCAGAUGGUUUAUGCAGAAAGCUGGAAAAAGCAUGUGUUUGUCCAAAACCCCAAAAACCUUGGGAUAAAGAUGCCUGGGAGAUUGCACGAGAAUCAAUUAAAUUAGUGAAGAAACUUGGAGCUGGUCAGUUUGGAGAAGUUUGGAUGGGUUACUAUAAUAAUAGUACAAAAGUGGCUGUGAAGACCCUGAAGCCUGGAACGAUGUCUGUGCAAGCAUUCAUGGAGGAAGCCAACCUCAUGAAAACACUUCAGCAUGACAAGUUAGUGAGGCUGUAUGCUGUAGUCAGCAAAGAGGAACCUAUCUAUAUUAUAACAGAAUUCAUGGCAAAAGGCAGUCUGCUGGAUUUUCUGAAGAGUGAUGAAGGAAGUAAAGUACUGCUUCCAAAGCUAAUUGACUUCUCAGCUCAGAUUGCAGAGGGAAUGGCAUACAUAGAAAGGAAAAACUACAUUCAUAGAGAUCUGAGAGCAGCUAACGUUCUGGUUUCGGAUUCAUUGAUGUGCAAAAUUGCUGAUUUUGGACUAGCCAGAGUAAUUGAAGAUAAUGAAUAUACAGCACGGGAAGGUGCAAAAUUCCCUAUUAAAUGGACAGCACCAGAAGCAAUUAACUUUGGUUCCUUUACUAUUAAGUCUGAUGUGUGGUCCUUUGGAAUUCUUCUGUAUGAAAUUGUUACCUUUGGAAAAAUCCCUUAUCCAGGUAUGAGUAAUGCUGAUGUGAUGGUUGCUCUUCAGCGUGGGUACCGCAUGCCACGCAUGGAAACCUGCCCAGCUGAGCUUUAUGAUAUCAUGAAAACAUGCUGGAAAGAUAAAGCAGAAGAGAGGCCAACAUUUGAUUAUUUACAGAGUGUGCUAGAUGAUUUCUACACAGCAACAGAAGGGCAGUAUCAACAGCAGCCAUAAAACAAAGGAACACUUUGCCAGUUGGCAUAGACCAUUGUUCGGACAAACUGGGCAGACCAGUUAUUUCAUGUAUUUGGAUAUCCUGACCAAUUGUGGCUUCUGAAACUGGAGGCUGAAACUCCACAGGAAGAAUCAUUCUGCCUAGAAAUAAACCAUGUUUUUCUAUGGUUAAUUUAAUUUGAAUGAUCACUCUGCUUGAGGUUAGGAGUUUUCUUUAGAUGUUAUCUUUUUAUUUGCCUAAAUAAACAUCCAAACAAGACAAGCUUUGAAAACAAAGACAGAGUGCAGUCGCACCAAUACAGACUUACAAAGCAUUUGAAGCUGCAAACAGAAUUUGGGGAAAUCUCUAAAUGAUAGUAUGCCUUACAAGAAAAUGUAUGAAGUCUGAAGAUAAAUGUGAACAAUUUAUGAAUGGAAAAGUUAAAGAAUUUCUGCUCCCAAAUUAGCUUUUUGAAAGAUAGCACAUCAUGAAAGUCGUGCUUUGUAUUUUUAUAGCCUCUGGUUAUCUUACAUCAGUAUCUGGAGAACAGUAUCUUGUUGCAAGAUUCAAAUAUUUAGGAUGUAAUCAUCCUCUUUAAGAAAGGGUUAAAGGUAAUUUUUACACUUAAUUUAAUUCUCUUUGGCAUCUAUGCACAACCCAAGCAUUUACACUGUUAAGGUUUGAAAAGUGGCUUUUACAGGCACCAAGGUAAGAAUAAGACCUGCAAUAUUGUGAAAUUGCAUUAUUGUGCUCAAUGUGUCAGAAAAAAAAAAGACAGCAUAUUGUCUUGCUCUGCAUAUAGAUCACCAUGAAUUUAAGCCUGGAAUCACCUGCUCAAAAUUCAUUUUUUCCCCUGGGUUAAGUCAGUGGCAAAUCUCCCCUAUAUUUUGAAGGGAGCAGGAUCUGGCCCUCAGUAGUUUGAAACACUGUGAUCCAUUUAUUACCCAUGAAAAUGCUUUCUAUAAGUAUCUUAAUAGGAAUUUUAGAGUGAUUCAGUAAUUUAUUCCUAACAUUUUUGCUGUUUCAAUUAAUUGAACUGAAAGACAUUUUAAAGAUUAGCCAAAAUGAAUGUUUUAAAAUGCACCACACCUUAUAAGCAUAUUGUAAUCAGUGAAAUUACACUGAAGUGAGUGUUAGCACCCUGGUUUUGCUUUUCAGUAUGUAAUUAUUACUAAUUCAUAACCAACAGUUAAAAACCAUGACUGAUUUAC